CACCCUGCAGUGUCUGGGAAGUUCCUCUGCAUUCCUAGCACACACACACACAUGCACCGACAUAACAACAUAGAGAGUAAGUUGGGAGGAACCACGCACUGGGGCUGGGAGUCUGUGGAGGGCCUACUGAAGGACUGGAGAGCUGAUCCUCAUCAUCAGUGACCUGCAAGUCUCACCAUGAGCAAGGCAGGUGGUGAUGAAGUCGGAGCUGAUGAAUCAUCCCAGCAGCCGGACAGCGAAGCUGCAGGAGGAAAGGUGCAGAGCAGGCUGAGUGCUGCCGUUGCCCGAGUGGACUGGACCAAAGUGAAAUGCCCCUGCUGCGUGUCGCAGCGAGUGGAGCCGCUGGUGCUGGUCAAGCUCAGGGAGAAGGUCAGCCCCGAGACAAAGAGAUGGAUCAUCAGACUGAUUGGAGCGUCUCAGAAAGAUGGAGGUGCGGCGUUACUAGCCCAUCCAGGUGAAGAUGCCAGCGGUGACAUCAUCGUGGUCUCGGCCCCGCGUUGCACGUUACUAAAAGCUACCGAGGAGUUGGGUCUGUGCAAGGCGUACCGCACUGGGGACAUGGAAGGCUUCUCCUACCACGACAGAGACAACUUCAAAGAUUCAGACGACAUGGAGGCGUUUCUGACGCUGGCAGAACGGCAGUACAUCGUGAAGUACGAGCUGGACGGCCUGCGAGCGCAGAAGGACCUGAGGAUACCUGGUCUGCCCGACAGUCUCACGCUACAGAACCGAGACAACAUCUGGCAGAAGCUGAGUUCAGCUGGUGUGAUUCUGGACACGUUUCCUCUGCACAACCCAAACAAACUGAAGGAUCUGAGUGAAGCCUGGUACUCUGGGAAUCAGCUCGCUCAACCGCUGGAUGCUGUGAACGAGUAUUUUGGAAACUCGAUGGCUUUCUACUUCAGCUUCCUCGAUUUCUACACUUGGUCUCUGCUCCCACCAGCCAUCCUGGGCCUUUCCAUCGCAUACUUCUCAGGUGCGGUUCAGAGGGAGAUGGUGGAGUCGGUCUCCGGCUCGGGGGCUGCAGACCUCCAGGAUCCCGACUCCGGCCCGGCGAUCAGCGGCCACAUGCUGCAGGCUAUGUUCAGCAUGCUCUGGUCCACCGUGGUGAUGGAGCUGUGGAAACGCCGCAGCUCGUCCCUGUCGUACCGCUGGGGCACCCUGCACCUCGCCGAGCGCUUCGCCGAACCCCGCCCUGGUUUCCAUGGCGACCUCGGGGUCAACCCCGUCACGGGUCGGGUGGAGCCGCUCUUCCCGGAAUGGCAGAGGCACCUCCGCAUGGCGCUGGUGUCCGUCCCGGUGGUCGGGCUGUUUCUGGGGCUGGUGGUUCUGGGUAUGCUGUGCUUCUACUGGGCGGAGGCGCAGGUGCAGCAGCUGCACAAGGACUGGGACUCCCUGCUGUCUCAGACCUUCCUCUACAUGCCCUCCGUGCUCCAUAUCCUCUAUACAAACAUGCUGGCCACUGUUUACAAGAGAGUAGCGCAGUCUCUGACUGAAUAUGAGAACCACAGAGAGGAGUCCGCCUUCCAGAACCAUCUGACAGGCAAAGUGUUGGUGUUCACCUUCUUCAACUACUUCACGGUGCUCUUCCACAUCGCCUUCUUCAAGCAGGAUGUGCCACUGCUUCGUAAGCGCCUGGCAUCUUUACUGAUCGUGACCCAGCUGGUGAACCAGGUGACGGAGAUAGUUAUACCUUUCUUGGUGGACAGAUUCAUCAGCGCCCCCCACAGGUCGGAGAGAGAAGACGACUCAGAAGAAGACAAAUUCAGGAACCAAAGAAUCCUGCCUCCUUUCCCCGGCCUUUUUGCGGAGUACAUCGAACUCCUGGUCCAGUUUGGGUAUUUGAGUCUUUUCUCCUGCGUGUUUCCUCUGACUGCCGUUCUGCUGCUUCUCAACAAUCUAACGGAGAUCCGGUCAGAUGCCUACAAAGUCUGCAAGCUCUUCCGCAAACCCUUCUCCCCCCCCGCGGCUAACAUGGGCGUCUGGCAGAUGGCCUUUGAGGUCUUGAGUUACGUCUCCGUUGUAUCCAACUGCUGGCUGCUGCUGCUGUCGCCACGGUUACAGGAGCUGUGCCAGGACAGCGGGAUGAGCAGCACCAACGUUCUAGUGAUGGCUGUCAUGGUGGAGCAUGUUCUGAUCUUGGUGAAGGUCAUUAUGGCAGCACUGAUCCCUGAUGAGCCGGACUGGAUCCGAAAAAAGAGGGAGCAUAUUGAGUACAUGUCCAUGCAGGCCCUGAGACAGCAGAAGCUGGAGGUGGAAGAGUCCUAGAGUUGUUUCAAGGAGUUGAAGGUGGUACUUUCUGUCCUAGAGAAGGAUCCACGCACGCUUACCGUUGUGCCACUUUUUUUUAAGUCUUCCGUCUGCUUUCACUAACUCAGAAAGGGCUUCAGCAAUGCACACACUUGAUGUCAUAUCUAUACUGCAAGUGCAUUUAAAGAAGCAACUAUAAGGGGUUUUACCCUUAAAAAUUAAGGUGUUUUAAGACUAUAAGAGCUUUUUUGUAGUAAUUGUUACUAUGGGGCAAAGUUAUCCACCUUUGUUUGUGUCCAACGCAGGAACCACAGCCGAGAGUCUUUCCUGUUUAAUCUGGACUACUAAAGAUGCUAUAAAACCUAUAGAACAUCACCCAAACAAUAGUUAUUAAUGUUAAAAUCCUAAAGGAAUCAUAGAGGAAUGGUACAACCAUAAAGCCCAGAUUGCCUUAGAGCACACAUGCAGUGGAGGGAUAUUCAGUGACCGACUCCACUGCAAGUUCCCAUAAAUCCUCGGAGCUGCUUGGUCUGAAUUCCCCUUUGGGCAGGAAAGGGAAUGUAUUGGUUGUAUUGGUAGCAUAAGUAUGUUCUGUUAAAAUCAAUGCAGCGGUAACAUCAGUAUUUAUGAAUGGAAACAGCACAUACCCAGUGUUUCAUGCCACCUCCAGAGCCUCCAGUCGCGCUUCAAACUUAGAUCACAGUAUCAUCGGUGGAGUGAUCAAAGAUAACAAAUACAGUUGUCUUUAAAGCUCCUUUUAGUAAUAUUUGGUGUAAAUUGAUGGUUUGUGAGCCUUUAUGCAUGAACUCAAAUAUUUUU